AUGAGCAAUCAAAAUAAGGCUACGUUAUCUGUUGAUUUAAACAGCUUCAUUUAUGGAGUUUCUAGGCGAAAUUUUCAAAAUGCACCUGAACUUACUAAAAUAGGUAUAGGUUUAUUAAAAAACUUCCCGGCAGCCAGAGAUGCGGUGCUUGAAUAUUUUGCAAUGGUUUUUCACGACGCCGUCAAUAUAUCACUUAAUCAAGACUAUGAGCCAGAUUCCAAUAAUAAUGGUUCAUUGGAGAGUGUAAGCAUGAUCGGACCUGAGCUUUGCAAUUUGGGAGAAUCAUGGGCACCAUUCAUCGCCCCAUGGUGUAUUAAUUUAAUAAUGGAUAUUGCCACAGAGAAGGCUAAUUUACCAAAUGCUACUCUUCAGAACACUGAUCCUAUAAGAAUUUUAUUGGACAUAACAACCCAGAAUUUAACAUUAUUGAAUUCUGAAGAGAGAGCUAAAUGUAUUGACAUGAUGUUGGGUUGUCGUGCUUGUUCGUGGGCUGUGGGUUUAGUGGGACGUGCUGAGCCAGCGUUGGUGGCUCCCCGUGCACUAGCUUUAUCCCCUGACGCUGCUCGUGCUGUCCUCGCACAUCUAGCAAACCAUCCGCCCGCACUUUACCAUGUUAGGGCUGCGCUUGUGGACUUAUUUCAAGAAGCCAUCCGAGAAGAUGGCAACCCUGACAAGAAGCGGGAAGUGAUACCAUAUUUAUUAAAUCUGGCCUCUAAAUCUGAUAUUGUUUUGAAAGCUUUAACCCAGGAUAUAGAAAACACAUUGACGGACGAGGUAGUCCUACGCCUACAAACAGUCCCUUGCCGCGGCGAGGCUGUGACUCCCGCUGCGCUCGUUGCUUUGCUGAUGCGUUGUGAUGCUCGAUGCUAUCUGCUGUUGCUGAAACACGCGCAGAUGAAUACAUUCUGCAGGCAUUUGCUUGAACAACUCCUGCAAAAGCUGGAAUAUGAAAAUCUAUUCCCAGAAUCAAAAAUACCUCUCCUUAUAAGCUGUGCGGAGGAAAUUAAUAUCUUGAGAGAGAAGCUUCUGGUCGGCAAUAAAUUAGAACAGUAUUCGAUAGCCAGGAUUCUUAUAUUAGUCAGUUACAACUUUCCGUCGGAGUUCGUCAGUACUAUCAGCUACCUACUACAGCAUUCUAGAAGUGAUACAACAUUAGCGUUGUUGGUGCGAAUAAUUUCCGGUACCAGUAAUAUGCAUAUACCCAAUGAUGAGACUCUCGAUAUAGAGAGAUAUCAGAACUUCGUGAAGACCGGCGUGGAGUACGCGCUGAGGGACGCCAUGAUAGCUGACACACAGAUUAAGAAAUGCUUCAUAGAUAACGUUUCGAGCGAUCAAAAGACUUUCCUGCAUCAUCUGUGCCUCAAUAUCAUUACGUUGUUGAGGUGGGAGAACAGCGGUCGCGUAUCAUCUCUAAGGUCCCGUAGUAUAGCUCGCGCGGUGGAGGCCAGCGUGUACCGGCUGGGCGCGGUGCUGCGGGAGCGCGCGUGCGAGCUGCGCGAGCGACCCGCGGCGACUGCGCUCUCGCUGCCCGACAUGCCCACCUGUCACGCGCUCGCUCAGGUCUUAGACAGGAUAGAUCUAACAGGCACCAAGUCUCCCCCGCCGAGCGUGGAAGCCAUAUUGAAAGUCGUUCAAGCAACUGUCAAAUACUUCUUCAGAUGUUUAUUGGAAGACGAUAUAAUGCAGAAGGUCCGCGGGGUCCAGACGGCCUGCGGUCUGUUCCGCAAGGUCUGUGGCUACAGUAAGGUGGCAAGGAACGCGGCCCUUAGGGACCUGCUCGAGGCCUCGCUAUUCAGAUAUGAAAGGGUCUUCACACAACACGACCGACACGACCGGCAGACAGCCGCCGACGACCUGCUGCUGUAUAUGAACAGGAAACAUGGUCCAAUAACACAGCUGACCCAGUCCCAUACGUCAGUGUUUCACGCCGGUGUGAUCGGUAAGGGAGCUCGCAAACACAGCGCCGACGACGCCCCGCCCACUGACAUACUCACCAGGGACAACGAGCUGCUCAUGGGGGCGCUGAUGGCCUGCAUGCAGGAGGGUAACAGCGGUAUAGUAGAGGGCGCCACCUCCGUGUCUCUGUUGUUGGUGGAGCUGAUAUCACCCGACGUGAUGUACAACGGUUUGCCGUGGCCCGAUGAAGAUUUUACAAAGCAAGUGAGUAUAGAACGCGAGUUAUACACGCGCGUCUGUGUGGAACGAUGCGGAGUGGCCCGCGCGUGCCUACGUCGUUGUGGUCGCGCGCGGCCGGCACUAUGCCUCUCAGCGGCACUACUAAGGGCGGCUGCUGCUUCACUGCUGCACAGACUUAGAGCACAUCUAGACCGUCACACCCAGUCAUCCGAGCUUUCCCAGGAGCUCUCCGCUCUCAAAGAGCUCCUCACACUAAUGACCCUCGGCCAACUGUUACCACACCCUCUAAGCCACAUGCUGGAACUAGCACCUGAACUCACUGCCACUGAGACCGUACAGGUGUUAAGAGAUUGUCUAUGGAAUUACACCCGCGACCACGUGCCGUCCCCAGCCUUAUUCACGUGUGAUGCUACAGGUAUGGCUGGUGCCGGUAAAACGUCUUUCACACGUCGUUUGGCUGGUAAAGUCACAAAUGGAGUUAGGCCGUAUUUAAUUAAUUUAGAUCCGGCUUGUCGAGAAGUGCCUUAUCCAGCCAAUAUAGAUGUAAGAGACACCGUGAAUUAUAAGGAAGUUAUGAAGCAAUAUGGACUCGGACCAAAUGGUGGGAUAGUGACCGCACUUAACUUGUUCUCAACCAAAUUCGGUCAGGUUGUUGAUUUAAUAGAAAAAGCAGGAAAGAAACACAAGUACUGUAUUUUAGAUACUCCCGGUCAAAUAGAAGUAUUCACAUGGUCAGCAUCAGGUACCAUUAUAACGGAGACGCUAGCUUCAUCCUGUCCGACAGUCGUAGUAUAUAUUAUGGACACAGUACGGAGUGUUUCCCCCGUCACAUUUAUGUCCAACAUGUUAUAUGCCUGCUCUAUAUUAUAUAAAACUAGAUUACCAUUCAUCGUUGUCAUGAAUAAGACAGAUGUAGUAAAUAACAGCUAUGCUGUGGAAUGGAUGCGUGAUUUCGAGGCAUUUCAGGAAUCUCUAGAUGCCGAGGGUGAUGGUGAAGGAAACUCAUAUGUAGGGAACUUGACUCGUUCAAUGGCAUUAGCAUUGGAUUCAUUCUACACUGGCCUUAGAUGUUGUGGUGUCAGUGCUCAUACUGGAGAGGGAAUAGAUGAAUUUUUCAAAUUAGUUGAUGAAGCUGCCGAAGAAUAUGAAAAAGAUUAUAAAGCUGAUUGGUUGAAAAUGAGAGAAGAAAAACUUAAUGAGCAAAAGAAGAGAGAGGAGGAAUUAAAAAAGCCUAUUAAAACCGAUCCAAAUACGAUCAUAGAAAAGCCGAAUCUAAUAGAAGAGGUUCCUGGUGGCAGAGAAAUCAGUGAUAUGUAUUUGUCACAUCCCGGAGAUGAGAGCUCUUCAGAUGACGAGGGCGAGGAAACCAGGGAAAUAGAUGACAAGCCCGAAGAUGUCGCGGAAUUCCAGGAGUUUAUAAGAAACCACAUUAAGACAAACAAUAAUAAAACGUAG